CUUUUCUUUCUUAUUCGCCACUAACUUUACGAAUCGUUUCACCGUUUGUCACCGACCGUUACACUCAGUUAACUUUGUCCUACGUGGCAGUCAACUAUAAAGUUUGACCGUUAACUAGAUGACGUGGAAAUUAAAAAAAAUGAUUUUCCACCUCAUCAUUUCAAAUUUAUCAUACUAAUUAUUUAAUAAUAAUUAAUUAAAAAAUAAUAUGAUAAAUAAUUAAUUUUUAUUUAUUUAUCAUGACCCUCACCACCACCAUCAUCACACUCCCGCUACUCCUCUUCCUCUCAGUAUCAACCCCAGAGGAGUUAUAUAUGUUUUUAGUUUGAUUGAAUUUGAUGCAAGGAAUGUACAGAUACAAUGGCUGGUAAGCGAAUUUCGGCUGUCAUCUUAUCUGAUCUCAAUUCAUAACUACCAUGUAUUCUGUUGAUUCCUGUUGGUUUCUGUGUGUGUGUGGGUGGGGGUGGGGGGAGCUAUUUUGUGUUGUGCUAACAGUACCAUCUAUACCAACUGCGUUUCCUUUCUGCCCUGCUCCUGCUGCUGUGGACAAAGCUGUAUGGUCUCCACUUUUUCCCCAUAGCACACUGUACAGCCCCAGAAUGAUUAUCAGUGCCCCUACCAAGCUAAGGCCACCAGAGCACAAACAAAACAGUUGCUGAGAGGAACUGCCAGAAAAGAAAAACACAAGUACAGGGCAAGACUCACCUGCCAAGAUGAAGUUGCUCCACGAAAGUAAUGGAAGAGAAUGCCCCUACGAUCACGAGAAGCAGAGGACUGAACAUUGCAGCAAAUACAGGACCCUUUUGCUUAUACACAAUGUCUGCAUGUAGUACACCAAUGUCGAUAUCACCACCCCAUGCACUCACCUCAAUCUUGAUUCAGAUAACAGCCCAACAUUUAUGUGAUAAUUCUGACGUAUGGAGGGUAAGGUAGGGUAGGAGAAAAACUGACACAGUACAUGAUAGUCGCGAGCUCCACGUUCUCCAUGUUGUGCUUACUGUCUGGGUUUGUGUAAAGGGUCUUCACCUUGCUUCCUCAAACUAACCCUGUUGACGAAGGAACUCUACCUCCCCUGCUUGCUUGCUUUGGCGACGGAGAUAUCAAACACCAGCGGACAGUUGAUGGCUUCUAACGAUCUCACGAUGCCCACUUCCUGGCACGUAGCGUAGCCGGCAAAUGGAACGCCGCCUACACCCGCUCCAGCUGCAACGCCAUGCCAGACAUCUGCUACACCUCCCUCUCCCGCUACUCCAGCACCGACCUCCGCGCCGCCUCCGCCCUCCACGACUGCCUCUCCAACCUCGACGACGCCGCGGAGGAGAUUUGCGGCUCCAUGAAGCAGAUGUGGCAACUAGGCGCGAUGGGAGCGUCAGGGGAGACGUUCCACUUCCAGAUGAGCAACGUGCAGACGUGGAUGAGUGUCGCGCUGACGAACGGCUUUCGGGGCGUCGGGGGAGGCCAAGGCGGUGUACGCCCGUGUCGCGGAGGCGAAGAAGUACACCAGCAAUGGGCUUGCGUUGGCUAAACGGAGGCCGAGGACAUGUAAUUUAUUGAUUUUUUAUUAAAUAAUUAAUAUGAUAAAAUAUAUAGAUAAAGUAAGUGGGAUGGUGAGGUGGAAAUUUUUUUUAUUUUUUUUUUAAUUUCCACGUCAUAUAGUUAACAGUCAAAUUUUAUAGUUGACUGCCACGUAGGACAAAGUUAACAGAAUGUAACGGCCGGUGAAUAACGGUGAAACGAUUCGUAAAGUUAGUGGCGAAUAAGAAAGAAAAGUAAUUCGGGUGACAAACGUGAAAGAUUUGUUUAAUUUGAGUGAUCGAACGUGUAAUUUAGCCAUUGCAAAUAAAAGAAACGAACAUCAGGAACAUAUAUUACUGUACCAUUAUCAUUUUUUAAAGGGUAAAUAAAAUUUAAUAUCCAAACCUUUUAUUUUAAACAAUAUAAUAGCCAAACCUUUUCGAAAACAAUCUAAUAUCCAAAUCGUCAACUUUCUGUCUGUUUGAUCGUUAGUUGACACUUCAAAAAAGUUUAAAGUACGACACUUCAUCAAUUUUCAUCGACAUCUUCUCUGAAAAACCACCAACAUAUCGUAGUUCCAAACCCGAGAAGUCCAUGACUCCACCAUGAUGGUAUAGAAUAUCUAAAUAUUCAGUCAUCUGCAAUGCCAAAACAAGAAACAAAGUUGUAUUGUGACA